AUGUUGAGUUUGCUCUACUUCAUUUCCAUUAUUGCAACUGCCGUGUUUGCAUUCGACCCAACUAGUAACUCCAAUGUUGCCGUUUACUGGGGUCAAAAUUCGGGUGGUAGUCAACAACGAUUAUCAUACUAUUGUGAUUCCGACGCUGUUGAUAUUGUGAUUUUAUCAUUUAUGCACGUAUUUCCCAACCCCGUUCAAUUGAAUUUCGCCAAUGCGUGUGAAGGUACUUUUACUUCAAGUGGUAUAUUGAAAUGUGAUAAUAUUGCUGCUGAUAUUCAAUCUUGUCAAGCUAAAGGUAAAAUCGUUUUGCUUUCAUUAGGUGGUGCAUCGGGAUCUUAUGGCUUCACUUCUGAUGAUCAGGCAAAAGAGUUUGCUCACACCGCCUGGGACUUAUUUGGUAAUUCAGAUACUUUAUCAGCUUCAGAAAGACCAUUUGGUAAUGCUAUUUUAGAUGGGUUUGAUUUUGAUAUUGAAAAUCACAUCAAUACUGGUUAUGCCGCCAUGGCUAAUGAGUUGAAGAAAAUUUUUGCCACCGAUUCUUCUAAACUGUAUUACCUUGGAGCUGCUCCACAAUGUCCAUAUCCUGAUGCAUCUGUGGGAAAUUUGUUGCAAGAGUCUGAUAUCGAUUUCGUGUUUAUCCAAUUUUACAACAACUAUUGUAACUUAGGAACAAGCUGGUUCAACUGGGGUACUUGGUUAGAUUAUGCUGAAAAUGUCAGUCCAAACCCAAAUGUCAAGUUGUUUGUUGGUGUUCCAGGAUCCAUUAGAGCUGCUGGGUCAGGCUAUAAUCCACCAGAAUCAAUUGAAGAGUAUUUGACAAGUGAUAUUUUAUCCAGUCAAUAUUUCGGAGGUAUUUCAAUGUGGGACGUGUCUGCAGCUUGGGAUAACACCAACUCGGAAGGAAAUUUUGUCGAGAAUAUGAAGCUGUUGGUUAGUAAUGAUUUUCAUGCAGCUGCAGUCUCAUCUCAGGAUAGUACAAGUACAACAACAACAACGACAAUCACCACCACUUCAACAACGUAUACCAGUGACACCACUAGUACCACCAGUACCACCAGCAAAAGUUCCUCUAGUUCUUCUGAUAGCACAUCCAGCACAUCCACCAUUGCUGCUGAGACCACUAGCUCAUCCACCACUGCUGUCGACACAUCCAGCUCAUCUGCUGAAACUGAAUCACAAUCAAGCUCUUCUUCACUGGAUCUCUCCAUCCACAACGCAGACGUAUCCACCACAUCAGCAUCUUCACAGUCUGGCAUAAAUACCCAACAGGAUUCAUCAUCUGAAACUUCAACUGAUACCCAAAGCACAACCGACUAUGAAUCUUCCAUAGCAACACAGACAUCAUCCCCUAUCUCAACUACAUCAUCUUCAAAUUUAUUCACUUCUUAUGUGUUUGCCCCAACUACAAUGACUACUGUUGCCACUUUUUACAAUGCCAUAACCACAAGAUAUAAUCUCCAAACUAUCUAUGGCAGACCACCAACUACAGCAAUUUAA